CGGGCUAUAAUGGCAUAAUGUUUCGACUUUUAACAACAACUAAAUCAAAAUUACAAUGUCAGAACAUUGUGAAAAGGUUUAUAAGUGCCACACCAAUAGCAAAUGGAAAGUUUGAACCCACAGAUUUGAAAGAAACUCCAGAUAUACCAGAAUAUGAUCAGAUACAAUUAGUACUGAAAGGAUAUGAUUUUGUUAUAUUAGAGGCUUUCAGUAAAUAUGUCCAUUCUAUUGUUAAAAGGAUGUGCUUAGAGUGCAAACUAAUUCCUUUUCCAACUAAAGAUAUUAGCGUACAAACGUUUAAACCAAAAUCAGCCAAUGUGUUGUCACAGUAUUUCAUCAAAAAAUAUGCACGAUCUUUUCAGUUUGAUAAUUUACCUUCACCUAGCCUACCAAUAUUAUUAGAAAUGAUACAUGUACAUGUUCCUGAGGGUGUAGAUAUAGUAGUUCAAAAGCCAAAUCCUGAUGAAGAACGAAAUCUGUAUAUUCAAUCUCUUACUAAAGAAGACUUAAUGAAACAAAUCUCUGAAAUGGAGGAAGCCAAGAAACGUAAAAAGUGAAAAUGCCUGGAAAGGACUUCAAUAAACCUGAGAGGGACAGUCUGUUUGAUUUUCACAGUUGAGUGAGUUUCAGCCAAUCAAGAAGUUUUUGACUGAAAAAGUUGCAGUAAAACUUGAAAUGACAAAAGUUAAAUUUUUGGAUAUAGUUACACUGGAUUCUAAUCUCUGAAGAGAAAUAUGCCAAUGGUUGAAAUUAACUUUUAAAAACUGUAAUAUCUAAUUUUUAAGGCGAUUUGAUGGAUUUCUUUCAGGAAAUUGUGUGAACUGUCUUGUGUAAGAUUAUUUAUAAUGAAAGUCAUAUUGAUGAAUUUAAAGGACCUGUGCAUCAAGCUACGAACUUCAAAUAUGACUUGAUGCAAAUUGUACAUCAUGUCCAAACCACACCCUUAUUUGUCAUACUUCCUGGAGGGAAAUAUUCUCCAAUCAAAUCACUCGUUAUAGACACUUUGUUCACAAACGUAAACAAACUAAAAGU